AUGAGUUCACCGGUCAGUAACGCAGGUCAGCCAUCUUUAACUUUAUCCCGUUUAAGUGGUCAACAGGAACUAUCCGGUAAUCCAGUUCCAUCGUUAUUAUUAGAAGGAAAUUUAGCUCAUAUCUGGUCAAUCUGGUAUCAGAAAUUUAAAAUAUUUUUGUGCGCUAGUAAUUUAGAAAGUGAAACUGAUUCCCGUAAAGUCGCCAUAUUUUUACCUUUUGUGGGAGAAGAUGCGUUACAGGUUUUCAAUUCCUUUAACUUGGAUAUGAACAAUUGUCAAUAUUUGGAUGUAGUAAAAAAAUUUGAGUCUCAUUGCAAAUCUAAAACUAAUCUCAUGAUUGAGAGAGAUAAUUUUUUGACCAGAAGACAAAAACCAGACGAGUCAAUCGAAGACUUCGUAACUGCACUAAAGAACCUAAGCCUAACUUCGAUAAUCUCCGAGAGAGUUUGGUCCGAGACAUGUUUAUUGUAG